UGAUUCAGCCUGCUGCAGCCAGGAAGAAACUAGAUGCUGGAGGAAGCGGGUUUGGAUCGUUACAUAAACAACACUCAUUUUCCGACAUAACCAGCGGCUGAACAUAGAAACAGGGAUGCCAACGAAAACCCACUCUGCACAGGAGCAGUGACAUGGCUGCUGAUGAUAAGUCCUCCUCUUCCUCCUCCUCCACGCUGGAGUGGAGCGCGGAGCCACCCCCCCUGCCCCGGAGCCCCUCCCACCUGACGCACUUCAAGCCCCUGACCCCCGAGCAGGACGAGCCCCCCCUCCGCUCGGCCUACAGCUCCUUCGUCAGCCUCUUCCGCUUCAGCAAAGACGAGGGGCGCCCCCCCUCGGUGGCGGAGAAGGCGGAGGUGCCGGUGGCGUCUCCACAGAGGGAGGGGGGCAGCUGGUCCAGUCCGGCCCACGCUCUCCACGUCUCGGCCACGCACAGGAAGCAGCACCCCCCCGAACUGCUCCGGAGGACCUCCACUGCGUCAGAGGGCCGUAGGAAGUCGGAAGCCCCCCUGGGGAGUCAUGACCCCCGCACCGCCGUCCAGCUCCGCACCGCCCUCAAACGACUGAAGGAGAUCAUGGAGGGAAAGAGUCAGGACAGCGAUCUGAAGCAGUACUGGAUGCCGGACAGCCAGUGCAAGGAGUGCUACGACUGCAACGAGAAGUUCACCACCUUCCGCCGCCGCCACCACUGCCGGCUCUGCGGCCAGAUCUUCUGCAGCCGCUGCUGCAGCCAGGAAAUCCCCGGCAAGUUCAUGGGCUACACGGGAGACCUGCGGGCCUGUACGUACUGCAGGAAGAUCGCUCUGAGCUACGCGCACUCGGCCGACUCGGGCUCCAUCGGGGAGGAUCUGAGCGCGCUCUCCGACUCGCCCUGCUCCGUCUGCGUGCUGGAGCCCAGCGAGCCCCGCACCCCCGUGGGGGGGCGCAAGGCCAGCCGAAACAUCUUCCUGGAGGAGGACCUGGCCUGGCAGAGAAAAACUCCCAUUGGGAUGAGAAAGAAUCUGAUCCAUCAGGAAUCGCAAGGCAGUGGCAUCAGCUCCAGACUGACUGCGGUGCCAGAAGAUGUGGGCAAAUCUCCAGCAAGGAAGAGGUCAGCCAGCAUCACCAACCUCUCCCUGGACCGCUCUGGGUCCUCCAUCGUCCCGUCCUACGACAGCUCCGUCAGCCCCCAGACCAGCCGGGCCCUGCCCAAAGCGGACCACAACGAGGAGGAGCGCAAGAUCCUGCUGGAUUCAUCCCAGCUGAAGGACCUGUGGAAGAAGAUCUGUCACAACAGCACAGGCAUGGAGUUCCAGGACCAUCGCUACUGGCUGCGCACCUACCCCAACUGCAUUGUGGGAAAGGAGCUGGUCAUCUGGCUGCUUCGCAACGGAACCAUCUCCACGAGGCCUCAGGCGGUGGCUAUAGGACAGGCGUUGGUUGAUGGACGCUGGCUGGACUGUGUCACUCACCAUGACCAGAUUUUCAGGGACGAGUACGCUCUCUAUCGCCCUCUACAGAGCACGGAGUUCUCUGAGACCCCGUCUCCGGACAGUGACAGCGUUAACUCCCUGGAGGGACACUCCGAGCCGUCCUGGUUCAAGGACAUAAAGUUUGACGACAGCGAUCCAGAGCAGCUGGCGGAUGAGUACCCCAUGCCCAACUCCGCCAGCCCCAGUAAGAGAACCUCGGUCAGCAGCUUUCAGUCGGCGGUGGACAGCGAUUCUGCCGCCUCCAUCAACCUGAACGUGGAGCAGGACAACGUCAACUUCCACAUCAAGAAGCACUCCAAGUACCCGCACGUGCCCCCGCACCCGGCCGAGCAGAAAGCGGAGCUCCUGGUGACAGAGGACGGAGGGCAGCAGAUCGCCAUCAGUGACGCGUUCAUUAAAGAGUCCCUGUUCAACAGGCGGGUGGAGGAGAAGGCCAAAGAGAUGCUGUUCACCCCGCUGGGCUGGCACCACAGCUCGCUCGACCAGCUGAGGGAGGAGAACGGGGAGAAGAAGGCCAUGGAGAGGCUCCUCUCCGCCAACCACAGCCACAUGAUGGCGCUGUUGCAGCAGCUGCUGUACAGCGAGUCCCUCUCGCUGUCGUGGCGUGACAUCAUCGUGCCGGUGGUGCGGCAGGUGGUGCAGACGGUGCGGCCGGACGUGCGCAGCUGCGACGACGACAUGGACAUCCGCCAGUUCGUCCACAUCAAGAAGAUCCCGGGCGGGAAGAAGUUUGACUCUGCCGUGGUGAACGGCUUUGUUUGCACCAAGAACAUCGCCCAUAAGAAGAUGAACUCCUACAUCAAGAACCCCAAGAUUCUGCUGCUGAAGUGCUCUAUUGAGUACCUGUACAGGGAGGAGACCAAGUUCACCUGCAUCGACCCCAUCGUGCUGCAGGAGCGGGAGUUCCUGAAGAACUACGUGCAGCGCAUCGCGGACGUACGGCCCAACCUGGUGCUGGUGGAGAAGACCGUGUCGCGCAUUGCCCAGGACAUGCUGCUGGAGCACGGCAUCACGCUGGUCAUCAACGUCAAGCCCGUCAGUGCCCCCCCUCACCGCCCCCAUCCCCCCCUCCCCCCCAACCCGACCGUCUGUGCUUCAGCCAUGUCUCAGAAUGUCUAUGUGCUUCAUCUGUGUGCCUGUGCUUUCAAAAUGGCCUCCGCACACGCAAGGAUUCUUCAUUGGUCAGAUUUGAAACUGCUGUUGAAUGGCCAGCUCGGUUGCCACUCACCUUUCUUCCCCGCUGUUCCAUUGGCAGACGAGGCGAAGACGCUGAUGUUCUUCGAGGGCUGCCCCGCCCACCUGGGCUGCACGGUGAAGCUGCGGGGCGCGGCGGAGUACGAGCUGGCGCGGGUGAAGGAGAUCAUCGUGCUGAUGAUCUGCGUGGCGUACCACUCCCAGCUGGAGAUCUCCUUCCUGAUGGACGAGUUCGCCAUGCCGCCCAGCCUGGCCAAGACCGGCUCCUUCCCCUGCCUGCUGGAGAGCGCCACGGGCGAGGAGGAGGAGGAGGAGGAGGAGGAAGAGGGCGGAGGAGAGCAGGGCAGCAUGGACGGCAGUGACCCCUUCCAGUCGGGGGACGGGGGGGCGGGGCUCCUGGAGCAGGACGGGCCCCCGGGGAAGCCGGUGGCGGGGGCGGGGGCGGAGUCGUCGCCCCGGGACGGCGGGAGCCCCAAGGGCGUGGCGGCGGGCUCGGCCUCGUCCUUCACGGGGCCCGAGGGGGCGGGGCCGGACGUGCUCACCUCCACCCCGGUCUCCUGCCCCCCGGCCCCGCCCCCUCCCGUGUCCCCGCCCUUCCUGAUCCCGGACCUGGAGGCGGAGGUGGGGGCGGGGCCGAAGCGGGCGCUGUCGCGGGGCGACUCGCGGGACAGCUCGGGCUCGGAGACGCCGCCGCCGGCUCCCGCCCCGCGGCUGUUCCGCGACCCGCUGCAGGACGACACCGGCAUGUUCGUGGCCGAGCAGGUGGCCUCGUCGGACGACCGGCUGAAGUCGCUGUCGGCGGCGUUUCGGCAGGAGCUGAAGGACAUCAUCCUCUGCAUCUCGCCCUUCAUCACCUUCAAGGAGCCCUUCCUCCUCACCCCGGCGGGGCUCCGCUGCCCCAGCCGCGACUACUUCCCCGAGCAGGUGUACCUGUCCCCGCUGCUCAGCAAGGACUUCCGCGAGCUCGACGGCCGCCGCAAGAGGCAGCUGCUCAAGGAGGCGGGGCCUCCCCCGGGGGGCGUGGCCAACGGCGUCGCCGCGGCGACCGCGGCCCCCGCCCCCCGCUCCAUCCGGGUGCUGCCGUCGCACCGGCUGACCAGCAUGCGCAUCGCCGAGCAGCUGGGCGGCAGCCAGGACCUGGCCCGCACCCUGGCCGACUUCCGGGCCCAGGGGGGGCGCAUCCGCGCGCGGGACGCCGACCCCUUCGCCCAGGCCCCGGCCCCGCCCCUGAGGGCACCGCCCGUCAAGGCCGACAGCGAGGAGGAGCGGGGCCCACCCCAGAGCGACAUGACCUGGGCCACCAAGAUGGACUGCCUGAACCCCGUCAACCACCAGAGGCUCUGCGUGCUGUUCAGCAGCUCGUCUGCGCAGUCCAACAACUCGCCCAAUCCCUGCGUCAGCCCCUGGAUUGUGACGAUGGAAUUCUACGGCAAGAAUGAUCUGACCCUCGGCAUAUUUUUGGAAAGAUACUGUUUCAGGCCGUCCUACCAGUGCCCCAGCAUGUUCUGCGAGACUCCCAUGGUGCACCACAUUCGCCGCUUCGUCCACGGCAACGGCUGCGUGCAGAUCGUCCUGAAGGAGCUGGACUCGCCCGUGCCGGGGUACCAGCACACCAUCCUCAACUACUCCUGGUGCCGCAUCUGCAAGCAGGUGACGCCGGUCGUACCCCUGUCCAAUGACUCGUGGUCCAUGUCCUUCGCCAAGUACCUGGAGCUGCGGUUCUACGGGCACCAGUACACCCGCCGCGCCAAUGCCGAGCCCUGCGGGCACUCCAUCCACAAGGACUACCACCAGUACUUCUCCUACAACCAGAUGGUGGCGUCCUUCAGCUACACCUCAGUGAGAAUGCUGGAGAUCUGCCUGCCCCCCCAAAAGAUCUUCAUCAGGAACCAGGGCCCCUCCAAGAACAGCCUGCUGCAGGACCUCAAGGACUUCACUCAGAAGGUGACGCAGGUGUACCUGGCCAUCGACGACCGGCUCACCUCCCUCAAGACCGAAACCUUCAGCAAGACCCGCGAGGAGAAGAUGGAGGACCUGUUCGCUCAGAAAGACAUGGAGGAGGUGGAGCUGCGCAGCUGGAUCGAGAAGCUGCAGGCGCGGCUGCUCUCCUGCGGGCUGGACACGCCGCAGCAGCUGCAGGCUGUGCUGGAGUCGGUGGUGAUGAAGAAGCAGAGCCUGUGUGAAACGCUGCAGUCCUGGAACACCCGGCUCCAGGACCUGUUCCAGCAGGAGAAGGGCAGGAAACGUCUGUCUGUCCCGCCCAGCCCAGGGAGACACAGACAGACGGACGACAGCAAGACGAGCGCUCUGGAGUCCUCCCCCCGAAACCCCUCCCCCGUGGUGCAGAACGGAGAGAAAGAGGAUCGGUACCUGAGCACGCUGCCCUCAGGCUCGGGGUCGUCCUCGCUGCUGCAGCUGCCGUCGCCGGGGGAGGCGGGCUCAGAACCGCUCUCCUGUGGACCGUCCUUCCCCGAGCAGGACUCCAUCAGCAUCCCAGAAGACGUGUUUGACGGACAUCUGCUGGGCUCCAACGACAGCCAGGUGAAGGAGAAGUCCACCAUGAAAGCCAUCCUGGCCAACCUGUUGCCUGGCAACAGCUACAACCCCAUCCCUUUCCCAUUCGACCCGGACAAGCACUACCUGAUGUAUGAGCACGAGCGGGUUCCCAUCGCUGUGUGUGAGAGAGAGCCCAGCUCCAUCAUCGCCUUCGCCCUCAGCUGUAAGGAGUACAAGGCGGCUCUGGAGGACCUUUCCAAGGUCACCGUGAAGACUGGAGCCGAGGAGACUGCACAGACCAACAGCGCGGGAGAGAACCGGGUGAAGAACAGCCCCGCCAAACCCAGCGAGGCGGCCACCCCCCUGGCAGGACGGACCAGCAUGGAGGCAGACCCUCUCAAAGAGCCAGAUGGAGGCGACAAGCAGAAGAAGGUGGCAGGCAAUCCUCACAUUGAACUGCAGUUCUCCGACGCCAACGCCAAGUUCUACUGCCGGAUCUACUACGCGGAGGAGUUCCACCGCAUGCGCGAGGAGAUCAUGGAGAGCAGCGAGGACGACUUCGUGCGCUCGCUCUCGCACUGCGUCAACUGGCAGGCCCGCGGGGGGAAGUCCGGCGCCGUCUUCUACGCCACCGAAGAUGACCGGUUCAUCCUGAAGCAGAUGCCCAGGCUGGAGGUGCAGUCCUUCCUGGACUUCGCUCCGCACUACUUCACCUACAUCACUGGAGCUGUGCAGCAGAAGCGCCCCACCGCGCUGGCUAAGAUCCUGGGCGUGUACCGGAUCGGCUACAAGAACUCUCAGAACAACACGGAGAAGAAGCUGGACCUGCUGGUGAUGGAGAACCUGUUCUACGGACGCAAGAUGGCGCAGGUGUUCGACCUGAAGGGGUCGCUGCGGAACCGCAACGUGAAGACGGACUCGGGCAAGGAGAGCUGCGAGGUGGUGCUGCUGGACGAGAACCUGCUGCGGCUGGUGCACGACAACCCGCUGUACAUCCGCGCGCACUGCAAGGCCAUCCUGCGCGCCGCCAUCCACAGCGACGCCUUCUUCCUCACCUCCCACCUCAUCAUCGACUACUCGCUGCUGGUGGGGCGCGACGACACCACCGACCAGCUGGUGGUGGGCAUCAUCGAUUACAUUCGGACCUUCACCUGGGACAAGAAACUGGAAAUGGUGGUCAAAUCCACUGGAAUUCUGGGCGGCCAAGGGAAGUUGCCCACGGUGGUCUCCCCGGAGCUGUACCGGGCCCGGUUCUGCGAGGCCAUGGAUAAGUACUUCCUGAUGGUGCCGGACCACUGGACCGGGUUGGGGGUGAACUGCUGAGCCUGGCGACGAAGCGGACUGUUGGGCCUUCAGCGGGACCGGGACCCCCCCCCCCGUCUCUCCCGCUAUCCUGGGGCGACAGAGAGGGGGGCCCACCCCUCACCCCCCGUCUCUCACAGAUCCACAGAAGCACACUUUAGGCUGGCUGAGGACGGGCAGGUAAAGGUGUGUUAAUUUAUCGGACCCUCCACAGUGAGGUGGCCACCGCCCCACCUGAGGGGCGCACACAAGCCCCGCCUUCCUCCCGAAUCGUGACAAGCUGUCACUAGGACGGGGGGGGGGGGGGGGUGUUGUGAAUCAGUGUUGUGGAAGUGCCAAGACACAGUGGUCCUUUCGUUUGCUUGAGAUUUUGGGACAUGGCACUGAAAACCCCUGGCAAAGCACGCCCUGAGAACAAGCCAGUCUGCGUGCGGUGUUUGUCCCAACUGUACAGAGAUUGAUGUAAUAAAGGAUUAACACAGUUU